AUGAUGCAUACUGGGGAUAACAUCCCUUCUGUUGAAAAUAAGAUAACUUUAAGGGAAAUUAAAAAAAUUAUGCAAGAACAUUUUCAUAAUAAACCAGAAAGUGCAAAUCAAGAUUUAUUUGAAUCUAUUCAAGAGUUUAUAAACAAAUUAACUCUUCACGCGAAUAACGCAAAUUCAGUACAAAACUCUGAGAUUGAUGCGAAUAGACCUAAAGGACAAGAAAUGGAACAAGUCCAACAAAAUA